CAGUGCUUUCUACUCAGAGGAAAUGAAGUAAGUCUGCUGGUUUUUAUUUACAGGGUUUCAGAGAGAAGCUUGUACAUUAUUUACAUGGAAGGAUCAUUAACAGAAGACGGCCUGUAAUGAUGAGUACACAGUAGUCUCAAGAGACGUUUAGACGUUACUGGCUUUGGCUCUAAGCUGCUUUGAGAGACAGAGAUCCAAUCACAGCAGACGCUAUGGUGAAGAGUAAGAAGAAAUCUGGUAAUGUACCAUCCGGUAGAAAAAUAACACUCAAGAUGGCCAGAAAUGCUCUGAAGGUAACUGUGGAUGGGAAACGUCGUCUAGACCUCAGCAACAUGGAGAUAGCCACCUUCCCCAAGUGCAUCCUGAAGCUGUGUGACGUAGAUGAGCUAGAUCUCAGUCGCAACCUGCUCAAGAAGAUCCCAGACACCAUUGACAAGUUUGUGAACCUUCGUUGGCUGGACCUGCACAGCAACCACCUAGAGCAGAUCCCUGCGGCUAUCGGCCGUCUGCAUAAUCUCUACAACCUCAACUUGUGCAACAACCACCUGACCACCCCUGGCAUACCACACGAGUUAGGGAACCUAAAGAACCUACGCAUCCUUAACCUUGGAAUGAACCGGAUAGAUACCCUCCCUCUUUCUAUGGUUGCUCUCAAAGAACUUCGAGAGCUGGGGCUCUUCAACAAUCUCCUGACACAGUGUCCCAAGUUUCUCCAGAACCUCCCAAAACUGCAAAAGGUGAACAUUAAAUCCAACCCCAUUCCUACUGAAGACCAUGUGGAAGUGGACCGCAUCCAGAGAGUUGAGUGUCUGUACCUGGUGCGAGAGGAGUGUCUGUGUCCUGGCUGCUUGAAAGCGUGCAAGGAGACACAGGAGAGGCUAGAGAGUCGAAUAAGCACAGCUUCAACGCAAAAGAGAUCCAUCUUCGCAGGGCUCCUUACACCCAACUCUGUAGCACAAGAGAAUGAGGCUGUGUGGAGGUGAAAACAGUGCUUUUGAAUGUAACACGAUGUAUUAAUAUUGGCACUAGAAUUGAUGAUUGUUAUUUCAUGAAAUCAUAAUAAACAUGUGGGCAUUUACUGUACUAUGCGCUUUUA